UAAAGCAUCAUCCAUAAGCAUAUUUUCCAUUUUCCAACCCCAUGGUCCCAUUCACUCUCCACUCUUAAAAGACACUCUCCAGUCCAUUCCCCCAAGCUUCAGAGACUCAUCAGACAGCGAGAGAGAGAGAGAGAAACAGAGAAACAGAGAGUUUUUUAGAGAGAGAGAGUAGAAGAAGAAGAAGAAGAUGUCGAAGGAAGUGAGCGAAGGACAUGCCAACCAUGGCAAAGACUACGUCGACCCACCACCAGCACCACUCAUUGACAUGGCGGAGCUCCAGCUCUGGUCCUUCUACAGAGCCAUCAUCGCCGAGUUCAUCGCCACCCUCCUCUUCCUCUACAUCACCAUCGCCACCGUCAUCGGCCACAAAAAACAAACCGGCCCCUGUGACGGCGUCGGCAUCCUCGGCAUCGCCUGGUCCUUCGGCGGCAUGAUCUUCGUCCUCGUCUACUGCACUGCCGGCAUCUCCGGUGGUCACAUAAACCCGGCGGUGACAUUUGGGUUGUUCUUGGCGAGGAAGGUGUCGCUGAUCAGAGCAUUGGCUUACAUGAUAGCGCAGUGUUUGGGUGCGAUCUGUGGAGUUGGGUUAGUUAAGGCCUUCAUGAAAUCUUCCUACAACUCGCUCGGUGGUGGUGCGAACUCAGUUGCUCAUGGGUACAACAAAGGCACUGCUCUUGGUGCUGAGAUCAUCGGUACUUUCGUCCUCGUUUACACUGUUUUCGCAGCCACUGAUCCCAAGAGAAGUGCUCGUGACUCUCAUGUCCCUGUUUUGGCUCCUUUGCCUAUCGGGUUUGCGGUGUUUAUGGUUCAUUUGGCGACCAUUCCAAUUACGGGUACUGGUAUCAACCCCGCUAGGAGCUUUGGAGCUGCUGUGAUUUACAACAACAAACAUAUCUGGGAUGAACAUUGGAUCUUCUGGGUUGGUCCAUUUGUGGGAGCAUUAGCAGCAGCGGCAUACCACCAGUACAUUUUGAGGGCAGCGGCCAUCAAAGCUUUGGGAUCCUUCCGAAGCAACCCUACCAACUAAGAGACAGACAGACACAGAGACAGAGAGAGCCUCACAAGAACCAAAAUUAUUAAUUUAUUUGAUCUCUUCUUCAUGUUCUUCUCAGCUCUAUUUGUUUGUGUAUUGUGUGUAUGAAAUGAUGAUGAUGGUUGUUGUUGAUGAUGAGCUCUUCUUUCUUUUUCUUUUUUUUUUCUCGUAUUUAUCUACAUAUAAUUUAAUCCUUUUGUUCUUUGUUAGCUUUUCUGAUUUUGUAUUUAAUGUAGUGGUGGUGUUGUUUCUUUCA